GUCGUGGCGGGGAGGAGCCUGCAGGCCCGGGGCUGGCGGGGACGCGCGGCGCGGGCUCCGCGGGCCAUGGCGGACCUCACGGUGUGCGCGUUCCUCACCAAAGUGCUGUGUGCUCACGGCGGCCGCAUGUUCCUGCAGGACCUGCGCGGCCACGUGGAGCUGUCGGAGGCGAAGCUGCGGGCGGUGCUGCGGCGCGCGGGCCCCGAGCGCUUCCUGCUGCAGGAGGUGGAGCUGCGCGACGGCCCGUGGGACCCGGAGGCCGAGGUGGCGGCGGGCGCGGGCGCGGGCGCGGGUGGCGGCGCCACGGCCUGCAGGGUGGUGGCCGUGUCCUCCGCGCGCCUCUGCGCCCGCUAUCAACGCGGCGAGUGCCAGGCCUGCGACCAGCUGCACUUGUGUCGCCGUCACAUGCUGGGCAAGUGCCCCCACCGCGACUGCUGGUCUACCUGCGCCCUGUCCCAUGAUAUCCACACGCCUAUCAACAUCCAAGUCAUGAAAAACCGCGGCCUUUUUGGCCUCAAUGAAGCCCAGCUUCGAAUCCUGCUUUUGCAGAAUGACCCCUGCCUUUUCCCAGAGGUCUGUUUGUUGUACAACAAAGGUGGCGAUGUCCUUUAUGGCUACUGCAACCUCAGGGACAAAUGCAACAAGUUUCAUGUGUGCAAAUCCUUUGUCCGGGGCGAAUGCACACUUCAGACCUGCAAGCGGUCCCACAAGCUCAUUCACGCCACCACCCUGAAGUUGUUAGAGGACCAAGAACUGAGUGUUUCAAGUGUCGUCAACUUCCAGAUAAUCACCAUCUACAAACAUAUGAAGCUGCACAAGAUGCUGGAAGAUAAAGACAGCACGACUUCUGCCGGGCACUCACAAGGCGUUGAGAAGCAAGGGGCCCCUGGGCCUGGGGCUGCAGAAGCCAGGCCUCUGGCCCCUGCCCCUGCUCAGUCGCCCAGGAAGCCUCAGUAAACCUUCAAGAGCAUAGAGGAAGUGAGAAGCAGCUUGUCCAUCUUGGAGGAUCAGAAGCAAGAGCAGCUGAGAUGGAGUCUGUAGUCAUUCUCUUUCCUUACUUACUAGCAUUGGCAACUUUAAUACCUAUCUCAUCCCUGAUUGGGAGAACCCAGGGUGGAAACGAAAAUACACUUGCAGGUGAGGUUGGACCUGGAGCGGGCAAAGAGAGGGUAAAAUUCUGAGCACAGAGGGGAUCAGUCCAGGGCAAAUCCUGAAGCUGUAGCCUCUGUCUGCGGUUCCCCCUUUCCAGCCAUGGGAUGGAGGGCAGCUUUCUGCUGCCUCUGUGUCCAGCUCACGUUUUCUAGACUCCAUUCACACAGCUUCCAUUGUAGAUGUCACAGAGUUUUUACACACUGCGUAUUACUUGGUAUAUACAUAAUCCCUUUUUACGCAGAAUUGUUUAUAUAGCUUAAUUACCUCCCUUAUUCUGGAAUAUUUCAAUAAUCAUAACAACAUUUGAAUAUCUCAUUUUGUAUCAGAUGUAUUUGUGUCUCAUUUUGUAUUGAGUUUAAAAGCCAUUUUAUACCUUUGUUUGGCUUUUAAGUGCUAAACAAUACUAUCUUUUGAUACAGAUUUCUUUAAAUAUCUGUGUAGAUGAGCGGCCUCCUCUGCCCCUGCAUUCUGUGUGUCUUGAUUUUGUGACUUUCCUAUGUUGUAUUUUGUUGGUGGGGCCCUCUGUGCUGUUUUCCAUACUGUGUCCAUGAUACUCAACCACAUGGGUCCAUUCUCAAUCGACAUCACAGUUAAUAAUCUUUGGGCUCUCACCAGAGUUUUCUACCUCACCCCCAACCACUUCUCAUCUCUUAUUGAGCCGACCAGUGCUCUGUGGCUGUGUCUUGAAGGAUGUGUAGUUCGCUCCUUCCUCCAGUUGUGUCUGUCCCUUCUGAGGAUGGGGACAGGUCAUCGAGAAUGUGUGUGUGUGUCUGUGCGCGCGCGCUUUGCCAGUUUUCAAGGUCACUCCCACCUUCCUCCAGCUCCUCCACCCCCCCAAUCAUCGUACUGUUUUCAUCGUGUGAUUUGCAGAUCUUUGUUGUGGCCAUGUUCCCCAAUGACGUUGUAUAAAGAGAAGGGCUUGUGUUUCUUUCUGUAAUAUGACUUUUGAAAAACAGGGGCCACUCAGUGAGUUUCCAUAACGACAAACUUACCUUAGAGAAACUUGUAUCGUGAAGCCAAUGAGAGGAGGGAUGUAAAAAAUGUCUUUCCAAAUGAGAACUCGGUUUCCUCCUAACGGACAGUAAACUCAUCAACUCAGGUCUUUGCACUUUGGUUGUCAA